CUCCACAUCCCGCCGCACUCUCUCCCUCGCGCACCUCGCUGCGCACCUUGCUGCUACUCUCGCACGGCUGCGCUUGUGCACAUAAGCAUCAUGGAGGGUCGUACUGUCGGUGUGCUCGGCGCCGGCCAGCUGGGCCGCAUGUUCGUCGAGGCCGCGUCGCGCCUCAACGUGCAGGUGCGCCUGCUCGACGUCGGCGCCGGCGCGCCGGCCAAGCAGAUCUGUGCCGUGCCCGGGCCCAGCGGCUCGGGCAGCGAGCACGUCGACGGCUCCUUUGCCGACGCCGCCAAGAUCCGCGAGCUCGCCGCCAAGGUCGACGUGCUCACCGUCGAGAUCGAGCACGUCGACGCGCGCCAGCUGCAGGCCGUGCUCGACGAGAAGCUCGUCGACGCCGUGCACCCGCUGCCGGCGACGAUCGCGCUGAUCCAGGACAAGUACGCGCAGAAGGCCUUCCUCGCCGAGAAGGGCCUGCCGUGCGGCGAGUUCGCGCCGCUGGAGGGCGCAGCGGGCGCCGAGGGCCAGGUCAAGGCGGCGCAGGAGAUGGGCAGCCGCUACGGCUACCCGCUCAUGCUCAAGUCGCGCACGCAGGCCUACGACGGGCGCGGCAACUUCGUCAUGCGCAACGCCAACGAUGCACCGGCUGCCAUUGCGGCGCUGGGCGGAGGUGAGCGUGGCCUGUACGCCGAGAAGUGGGCCAAGUUCGAGCGCGAGGUGGCCGUCAUGGUGGUGCGCAGCUCCUCGGGCGAGGUGCGGUCAUACCCCGCCGUCGAGACGGUGCACCGCGACAACAUCUGCCACAGCGUCUUUGCGCCGCUGCGCACGAGCGACGCUGGCGUACCGCAGCGGGCGCGUGAGAUUGCAGAGCGGGCUGUGGCCACGUUCGGCGGCGCCGGCGUCUUUGGCGUCGAGCUCUUCCUCAUGCCUGGCGGCGAGCUGCGCAUCAACGAGAUCGCGCCGCGGCCGCACAACAGCGGGCACUACACCAUCGAGGCCGCCGACACGAGCCAGUACGAGAACCACCUGCGUGCCAUCCUCGGCCUGCCGCUCGGCAGCACGGCGCUCAAGGUGCCGUCGUCGGCGAUGGUCAACAUCCUCGGCCUCGCCGACCUGGACAAGGACGCGCAGGCCGUGGCCAAGACGAUGGCGCCGGCCGUCGCCAGCCUGGCCGUGCCGGGUGCCACGGCACAUUUGUACGGCAAGGUCGGCUGCCGCAAGGGCCGCAAGAUGGGCCACAUCACCGUCGUCGGGCAGAGCGACGCCGAGGUGCGCGCCCGCCUGCAGCCCAUCCUCGAUGCUCUCGACGUGGCCACAGAAGCGGGAGCCAAGGGCACCGCGCUGCCUGCCUCGCUCACGCUCGAGGGCGCCUCCUCGCCGGCUGAGAUCGAGGCCGCUGCUGCCGCCGCUGCUUUCUCCGCGCCUACAUCGAACUCCAAGGUGCCACAAAGCGCGGCCGACUUCUCGCACGCGCAGCCGCUCGUGGGCAUCAUCAUGGGCUCGGACUCGGACCUGCCCGUCAUGCUGCCGGCGGCGCAGAUUCUCAAGCGCUUCGGCGUGCCCUUUGAGCUCUCCAUCGUCUCGGCACACCGCACGCCCGACCGCAUGCGCGACUACGCACGCUCGGCGCCGGCGCGUGGCCUACGUGCCAUCAUCGCUGGUGCGGGCGGCGCAGCGCAUCUGCCAGGCAUGGUGGCCGCUCAGACGGCGCUGCCGGUCAUCGGUGUGCCGGUCAAAGGCAGCGUGCUCGACGGUGUCGACUCGCUGCACAGCAUUGUGCAGAUGCCGGUGAGUCUGAGUGAUGUGUGGGGUCAGAGAUGCGGACAGGUCGCGACGCGGCGUGGCGAGCUGCGAUCGAGGGUCGUCGCCAUCAACGGCCAGCUGAGAGUCGGACGACACUCCGGGCCGUGACGUCCGGGCGCUGUCAUGGUCGUCGUCCUGCACGUCCUGCGCGACUGCAGCCUUGAUGGCCCGCAGCCUUGCUGUAGCGUGGGUCCUGCUUUGCCAGCUCCGCCGGGCAUGCGUAGCGAGCGCAGCGGAUAUUCUACUCGCUCUGUCCGGACUUAGGCCCGCGGCGCGAGACCAGCUGACCCCUUCUCUCCUCAGCGUGGCAUCCCGGUCGCCUCGGUGGCCAUCAACAACUCGACAAACGCGGCGCUGCUGGCUGUGCGCAUCCUCGGCGCCGCCGACCCGCGCUAUCUCGCG